CUUUUGAAAAGAUACGGACACAAAGCACAGAGGUUGCUGGUAGAGCUAGAUAUCUAUGGGCCAGUGUAUGGAGAUGGGGGAUGUGCUUGCCAGUACACAUAACCUUCGUGGGCGGUUGUAAAUGGAAAUGCUCUCAUACUGGAGACCUGGGUCUCUUGCUUACAUUUUUCAUAUUUAUGUACUGAAUAGCUGUAAUAUCAAACACUAUCGCAGUAAAAGCAACCAACGAAACAGCUGGAAGUACAAGACAGACUUAUUUUUUACGUGGGAAUGUAACUGAAACAAUACAAAGGUGAAGGGCACUGUGUAAAUAAGCACAGCAUGCUUUAUUAUAUGAGUCACCCUCCAAGGUAAAGCUCUGUGCGGGGCCUCCAAGCACUAUUGCUUUGAAAACUCGACACGUGAUUCAACAUGGUGUAUCAAGCAGCCCGUCCAUAAUGUACCCUCAAGUAAAAUGUUACCGACUAAUGUUCCUGAUAUACCAUCCUUGAUAACGGUGGGCUUCUAAAUAUUUAGUCUAGUAAAAAUCUGAGUAUCAAAUGAGUUCUUCUAUCCCAAGCCACAGUCUAAAAGCAAUGAUACUGCCACCGAUUACAUCUGUUCUAGGGAGAUGCACUCCUAUUGCCACUAGGGGAGCUGUCACCUUCUCUCAGUCCUGAUAAAUAAUGUAAUGCCGUCUAGGAAACCAAUUCAGUUGAAUUAGAUGCGAGAAAAUGUGAGAAAUGUUCUGUUCUCAGACAACAAAGUUAAUUUAAGAAGAAUGAUUCGUUUUCAAAAUUUUAGGUGUGUAGAACCACUGUACAUGAUUCAAAUGAGAAAAAAUAAUUUUUAUUUUCAGUGUGGUUGGUUGAAACAAAAUCGUCUGGAUUUGUACAUUGCGGACCUGAAUCUUCCACCUCUGUUUGUAAUGGAGUACUUUUGUGAGUAAGGUGAGUAAUGAAACCGACAGGUGCAAACAAUUCAAAGAACAAGGGAAUUUCAAACUCAGAUGAAGACAGGAGCAGUCUGGGUAAUGUAGUCUGUUAAUCCUGGCCUGUGACAUAUACAGCCCUACAGACCAUAUAGUUGGAAGGCUGCUGUGGUUGACAGUUGGUGAACUGACUAUUGAAUAUAAAGCUAACAUUACUUUUGGUUUUUAUUACAGAGUCAGAUUGUGAAACACGGAAACCGGUUUAUGUACAACCAUAAUCAUCUAAGCGAUGGAUCACCAUUCCCAUGUAGAGGUUUGGCUAUAACAUUUCAGUCUGUGAUGGAUGUUGUCCAUGAAUACCAGACACUGAAAGGCAGGAGAACUUAAGCUGAGUAACUGUUUUCAGCUGAAGGUUGUUGAAAAUAACAGACGAAAAGUUCACUCUCUACAGUGCUCUUCCUCCAGCUACUUCCUUACUGCACUGCACCAAAUGUUACAGAUGGACUGUAACAGAACAGAAUAACUUAGCAGACAAAUAGCUCACUGUAGUGCUCUUCCUCAGGUUACUUCCUUACCAUAUCGCAAUGCACCAAGUGUUACAGACGUACUGUAACAGAACACAGUAACUUAGCAGACCAAAAGUUCACUCUCUGCAGUGCUCUUCCUUCAGCUACUUCCUUACUGCACUGCACCAAAUGUUACAGACGUACUGUAACAGAACAGAAUAACUUAGCAGACCAAUAGUUCACUCUCUACAGUGCUCUUCCUUCAGCUACUUCCUUACCAUACCGCACUGCACCAAAUGUUACAGACGGAUUGUAACAGAACAGAAUAAUUAAGCAGACAAAACCUCACUCUCUGCAGUGCUCUUCCUUCAGCUACUUCCUUACUGCACUGCACCAAAUGUUACAGACGGACUGUAACAGAACAGAAUAACUUAUCAGACAAAAAGCUCACUCUCAGCAGUGCUCUUCCCCAAGCUACUUCCUUAGCAUACUGCACUGCACCAAAUGUUACGGACAUAAUGUAACAGAAUAACUCAAUCAUAAAUAUGUAUAAUAAUAUAGGAUGCUGUGUUAGUGUAUAUUAGUCUAUGCUGAUUUUGCCAUCAUUGCGUUAAUGUGAUCUGUUGGGUCUUAAACUAUUUUUCUUGUUGUCUAUCUUGGACGCGUCUCUCUUUCAAAAGAGAUUUUGAAAAUCAGUGAGUCUAACCUGGUUAAAUAAAGGUUUAAUAAUGAUGCAGAACAUAAGCACACACAUGUGCUUCUUAUAGUAAUGAAUGAAUCAUAGCAGGUGUCUCCAGCAGCCACAUAAGACUGUGAACAGGAAACCUGCCUUCUGUUAACAGAAAGGACAGUGUAUGUGUGGGAGUGACCAUGUACAGGUUUGUGACAUCUCAAAAACACAUCUCCAACUUCUGCAGACCCAGACCUCGCUCACUGACCUCUUGCUGGAUUAUCUAAAUGAUCUCAGUGAUGAAGAGUUGAAGGAGUUUAAACUGCGUCUCCCAGUGAAUAAAGAGUUAAAGCCCCUUCCCAAGGGUCAGAUGAAAACCUUGGGCAGAACAGAUUUCGCCGAAAUGAUGAUGAAUUCCUACAGUAAAGCCGGGGCUCUCAAAGUCACGCUUGAGAUCCUGAAGAAGAUGAACUUGAAUGACCUUGCUCAGAGACUGAAUGAAGACCUGCAGAAGUGUAACCAAGCAGAAAGUGAGCAGAGUGACAUGUUGGAGACGAGUCAACUCAUGUUGCACAAAAUAAAAUGCUCUUUGAAAGAGAAAUUUGAGUGUGUGUAUGAAGGGAAAGCUAAGGAAGGACAGCGAAUACUUCUCAGUGAGAUUUACACAGAACUCUACAUAACUGAAGGUGGGACUGGAGGAGUCAAUGAUGAACAUGAAGUGAGACAGAUUGAAACAGCAUCCAAGAAAAGGCGAACAGAAGAUACUACAGUCAAGUGCAAUGAUAUAUUUAAACCCUUAUGUGGGCGUGAGACACCUAUCAGAACUGUACUCACUAAAGGGGUGGCAGGUAUCGGGAAAACAGUCUCUGUGCAGAAAGUUAUUCUCGACUGGGCAGAAGGAAAAGCAAACCAGGAUGUUCACUUCAUAUUUGCUCUUCCUUUCCGGGACCUGAAUUUGAUUAAGGGUGAAUACAGUCUGAUUGAACUGCUUCACCGCUUUGUCCCAGAACUGAAAUCACUUGAAUCCACUGAGUUAUUUGGGUACAAAGUCUUGUUCAUCUUUGAUGGUCUGGAUGAGUGUCGCCUUCCUCUAAAUUUUCGGAACAAUGAGAGUUGGUUUGAUGUAACAACGAAAAUGUCACUGGAUCUACUAUUGACUAACCUCAUUAUGGGGAAUCUGCUCCCAUCUGCUCUCCUUUGGAUAACCUCCCGGCCAGCAGCAACCAAUCAGAUACCUCCUGAGUACAUCCACCGGGUGACAGAGAUACGAGGGUUCAGUGAUGCCCAGAAGGAGGAGUAUUUCCGGAGGAGAUUCAGCGAUGAGAGCCUGGCCAGCAGGAUAAUCACACAUGUGAAAUCAUCAAGGAGCCUCCUCAUCAUGUGCCACAUACCUGUGUUCUGCUGGAUUUCAGCCACUGUGCUUAAGAGGCUUUUUACUGAGAAUGACAGGGGAGAAAUCCCAAGGACUCUGACUGAAAUGUACACACACUUCCUGAUUCAUCAGGCAAGUUUUAAAAAAGACAAGUAUAUGAAAAACUAUGAAAGCAAGCUAAAUGAAAACAGCAAGGAAUUCCUUUUGAAACUUGGUAAAUUGGCUUUUGACAACCUUGAGAAAGGCAAUCUCAUAUUUUAUAAGCAAGAUCUGACAGAGAAUGACAUUGAUGUCACUGAAGCUUCAGUUUACUCUGGAGUGUGCACAGAAGUCUUUAAAGAGGAGUAUGGGUUGUACCAGGAGAAGGUGUACUGCUUUGUGCAUCUGAGCAUCCAGGAGUAUCUCGCUGCUUUAUAUGUGUUUCUGUCAAACUCAUCAGCUGACCUGCUGAAGACUGCAGUGAAUCAGGCAUUAGAGAGCAAGAAUGGACACUUGGACCUCUACCUCCGCUUCCUCCUGGGCCUCUCAACAGACUCCAGUAAGACUCUGUUACAAAGGCUACUGGGGCCGACAGAAACCUGCUCACAAACCAUUAAGGAAACAUCCCAAUACAUCCGUCCAUCCAUUUUCCAAACCAUUCAUCCGUUAGGCUCUCUGAGAGUCCUGAACCUAUUCCGGAAACCAUGGGCACGAGGCAGGGAACAACCCAGGACGGGGGGGCACCCCAUCACAGCAGCCCAAUACAUCAAGGAGAAAAUACAGGAGAAUUUAUCUCCAGAAAGGACCAUCAACCUCUUCCACUGUCUGAAUGAACUUGGUGACAAUUCUCUAGUAGAGGAAGUACAAAGAUACCUGAAUUCAGGAAACAUUUCAGCAGAUGACCUCUCACCUGCACAGUACUCAGCUCUGGCCUUUGUGAUGCUGAUGUCAGAUGAGGAGCUGGAUGUGUUUGAUCUGAAGAAAUACAUUAGAUCAGAUGAAGAGCACUGCAGGCUGCUGCCUGUGGUCAAGAACUCCAGGACGGCUCUGCUGAACAGCUGUGAUCUCAUAGAUAAACACUGUGAAAUGCUGUCUUCAGCUCUAAGAUCAAACUCUUCCCCCCUGAGAGAGCUGGACCUGAGUGACAAUAACCUGAAGGAUUCAGGAGUGAAGCUGCUCUCUACUGCACUGGGGGAUUUACACUGUAAACUGGAGAUAUUGAGGCUGUCAGGCUGUAGAGUCACAGAAGAAGGCUGUUCUUCCCUGGCUUCAGCUCUGAGGUCAAACCCCUCACACCUGAGAGAGCUGGACCUGAGCUACAAUCACCCAGGAGACUCAGGAGUGAAGCUGCUCUCUGCUGUACUGGAGGAUCCCAGCUGUAAACUGGAGAAGCUGCAGGUGGGUCGGUGUGAACUCACAGAGAAAUGCUGUGAGGCACUGGCUUCAGCUCUCAGAUCAAACUCCUCACCCCUGAGAGAGCUGGACCUGAGUAACAAUGACCUGCAGGACUCAGGAGUGAAGCUGCUCUCUGCUGGACUGGGGGACUUACACUGUAAACUGGAGAUACUGAGGAUCACCGUCCUGCUGGAAGAUCCAAUGAAGGCCCAGUUUUUGUUUCCUGGCAGCGGCAGCCAAAUUUUGAUAUAAAAUGUCCUGGUAUUUCAUGGACCCCAUAGUGCCAUGUACCCUAACGAGGUUUCCAGGGUUUUUGGAGGAAAAACAGCUCCACAACAUCACAGAACCUCCAUCAUAUCUUACAGUUGGGAUAAGGUUCAUUUCAUUAUAACCAUCCUUCUUUUUACGCCAAACCCACCUUGAAUGUUUAUUGCCAAAACUUCCAUUUUUGUUUCAUCAGACCAUUGAAUUUGAUUCCAGUUAAAGUUGUAUAAUGUUUUGCAAACUCCUGGCACUAACAUUUUAAGUAACUGGCAGAAAAAGCUUCUUUCUGUCAUAACUUUCAAAACGUCUGUUAGCAUGAAGGGGGCGUCUGAUGGUUUUUUGGAGACGUGGUAACCCGAAGAUUUUACUUUGUCUGGUAAUUGACUAACAGUCAUCCUUGGGGACUUUUUGCCUCUCUUACGAUCCUCCUCACUGUUUGUGGGGGCAAAAUAAACUUGGGUCCUCUUUCAGGCAAGUUUCUAACAGUUCCAGUUGAUGUCCACUUUUAAAUUAUUGCCCUAACAGUAGAAAUGGGCAUUUUAAGGCGAGUAGCUAUUUUUUAAUACCCAUUCCCUGACUAAUGAAGUCAGCACACUUCUCCCUCAUUUGGUCUGUGUGUCUCUUAUCUUUCCCAUGUUGAUGGAUGACUAAGGGAAUUUGGCCUCUGUGUCUCCUCAUGUUUGUACCCCAGUUACUCAGGAAGUCAUGGAUUACAGCUUGAAGGUUCUUAUUCACCCCAAUCAACUCAAAGAUGUAUAAUUUACAUGGGAAAUAUGCUUCAGUUACAUUGCGUUCACUAUAAUUUGCAGGGCUGCCAAUAAUCGUGGCUCAUGUGUUUUUGUUAAAAAUAAUUAUUUCUUGAUGAAGGAUUUGAUUUUUCUUCAAAUAAAUUGAUUUUAAUUAAAGGUUGGAUUUUUCUCAUUUUUUCCGUGUGAGAUGAAGCACCUUCACCAGAAGGUGGAUUUUUUCUUACCCCUUGUACAAAGGGGUGCCAAUAAUUGCGGAGGGCAUGUAUGUAUAACUGAGGCUGAUGUGGUACAAAGCCUGGCUAAACUCAAAAUAAAUAAAUCACAGGGCCCUGGUGGCAUCUUACCUAUAAUUUAUAAAGAGAUGAGGGAUAUUAUUAGCCAACCUUUAACUUUACUGUUUCUGAAAUCCUUAUUUGCACGUGGUACCUUAUGAUUCGAAUUAUACUAAUAUAACACCCAUAUUCAAAAAAGGGGAUAGAUGUAAUCCAGCAAACUACAGGCCAAUUACUUUAACUUGCAUAAUUUGAAAAGUAAUAGUAGUUAUAAUACAAGUGAAAAUGGUAGAUUACCUGGAUACAAAUAACAUUCUGAGGGGUAGCCAACAUGGAUUUAGGAGAAGUAGAUCCCGUUCAACUAAUCUACUUCAGUUCUUUGAGGAAGCUACAAGAGAAAUUGAUCACAUAAAGUACUUAGAUUUGCAGAAGGCCUUUGAUGUUGUCCCCCUCAAACAACUCUUGCUUAAACUCAAAGCUGCAGGGAUUUUAGGAACUGUAGCAGUUUGGAUAGAAAACUGGUUAACAGACAGGAAGCAGCAGGUAGUUAUUAGAGGCACAAUGUCACAGUGGGCCUGCGUUCAUAGUGGGGUACCGCAGGGUUCAAUUUUAGGACCACUAUUGUUCCUUUACAUUAAUAAUAUUGACACCAGUGCAUACAGUAAACUAGUUCAAUUUGCAGAUGACACCAAGGUGGAUGGUGUACUAUAGCAGAUAUUGAACUAGCAGCACAGAAGCUACAAUGGGAUCUUGAUUUAAUUAGUGACUGGGCUGACACCUGGCAGAUGAAAUUUAACGUAUGCAGGGAGCAGAAAUAUAAAAUACAGAUAUUUUAUGGGUCCCACUGAAAUAAAGGUAGCUGAAUAUGAACUGAAUAAAUCCGAAUAAAGACCUUGGUGUGUAUGUUGAUGCUUCCAUGUCCCACUCUCACCAGUGUGGAGAAGCAAUUAAAAAGGCCAGUAGGAUGUUGGGUUACAUCUCUAGGUGUGUGGAGUUUAAGUUAAAUGACUGAACCUGCUCUCAUCUGUGAAAAGCACAGGGCACCAGUAGCAGACCUGCAAAUUCUGGUAUUCUAUGGCAAAUGCCAAUCGAGCUCCAUGGUGCUGGGCAGUGAGCACAGGACCCACUAGAGGACGUUGGGCCCUCAAGCCACCCUCAUGAAGUCUGUCUCUGACCAAACAAUCAGAAACAUUCACACCAGUGGCCUGCUGGAGGUCAUUUUGUAGGGCUCCCGCAGUGUUCAUCCUGUUUCUCCUUGCACAAAGGAGCAGAUACCGGUCCUGCUGAUGAGUUAAGGACCUUCUACGGCCCUGUCCAGCUCUCCUUGAAUAUCUGCCUGUCUCCUGGAAUCUCCUCCAGGCUUGGACGGCUCAGAGAGCGAUCAAAAAGCAGGCAACAGGCAGGAUACGGGACGAAUGGGGGUUUAAUCAGGAGAUCCGUGUUAGGGAACAUAGGACGGCAACCGACAUCAAUGACAGACAAGGGGUUCAGGCACGCCAGAGACUUAAAUACAUCAGACAAAGCAAAAGAUAACAAGACAUGGCUGGGCACGAUCAGGGAAUCACACGUGGGUAAUUAGGGGGCAUGGCACACACAAGGAGCGGACGGGCCGGGCAUCACACAUGAGCAUAUAUUUUAUUCCUAACAGAACAUAGAUAGCAUAACAAAUGUCCAAACUGGGAAAUUGUAGACCUUUAUCCAGUAAAUGAGCUCAUUUAAAAUUUGAUGCCUGCUACAUGUCCCAAAAAAGUUGGUACAGGGGUAACAAGUGGCUGAAAAAGCAAGAAAGUUUAAAAAGAUUCAGCUGGGAGAACAUCUAGUAACUAAUUAAGUUAAUUGAUAUCAGGUAUGUAUCCAGAUUAGGAUUAAAAGGGAUGUCUUAGAGAGGCAGAGUCUCACAAAAGUAAAGAUGGGCAAAGGCUCUCCAAUCUGUGUAAGAGUGAAUAAAAAGAUUGUGGAAUACUUUAAAAACAAUGAUCCUCAAUGUCAAAUUGCAAAGGAUUUGCAAAUCUCAUCAUCUACAGUGCAUAACAUCAUCAAAAGAUUGAGGGAAACUGGAGAUAUCUCUGUGCGUAAGGGACAAGGCCGAAGACCUGUAUUGGAUGCCCGUGGUCUUCAGGCCCUCAGACGACUCUGCAUCACUCAUCAGUAUGAUUGUGUGAAUGACAUUACUAAAUGGGCCCAGGAAUACUUCCAGAAAGCACAGUCGGUAAACACAAUCCGCCGUGCCAUCUGCAGAUGCCAGCUAAAGCUCUAUCAUGCAAAAAGGAAGCCAUAUCUGAACAUGGUCCAGAAGCGCCGUCGUGUCCUGUGGACCAAGACUCAUUUGAAAUGGACUGUUUCAAAGUGGGAAAGUGUUCUAUGGUCAGACGAGUCCAAAUGUGACAUUCUUGUUGGUAAUGAAGGGCGCCGUGUCCUCCGGGCUAAAGAGAAGGGAGACCUUCCAGCGUGUUAUCAGCGUUCAGUUCAAAAGCCAGCAUCUCUGAUGGUAUGGGGGUGCAUAAGUGCAUACGGUAUGGGCAGCUUGCAUGUUUUGGAGGGAACUAUGAAUGCUGAAAGGUAUAUAAAGGUUUUAGAGCAACAUAUGCUCCCCUCCAGAGGACGUCUGUUUCAGGGAAGGCCUUGUGUAUUUCAGCAGGACAAUGCAAAACCACAUACUGCAGAUAUUACAACAGCAUGGCUUCAUGGGAGAAGAGUCCGGGUGCUGAAUUGGUCUGCCUGCAGUCCAGAUCUGUCACCUAUAGAGAACAUAAUUACAAGUGACACCCAUGGUGCACUGUGAACAGGUAAACAGGGCCACAGAGCCUGCAGAUAAUUAUCUGUGACACGCAUGGUGCACUGUGAGCAGGUAAAAUUAAAAUUUAAUAUAUUGAGGACGGCAUGGUGGUGCAGUGGUUAGCACUGUUGCCUCACACCUCUGGGACCUGGGUUUGACUCUCCGCCAGGGUCACAUGUAUGUGGAGUUUGCAUGUUCUCCCCAUGUUGUCGU